AUGGCGACGCCUUCGCCGCCGAAACCCUGGGAGAGAGCAGGAGCAGCUGGAAACACUUUAUCAUCAACACCCAUCGCAGGCAACCCAGUUGCCUCUACCGCGAUGACUACCACCAACCCCGCAACAUCGGGCGCCCCCGACCUUCCCGACCGCCCUAGUACCCUCAACUCUGUGGUCAACAAUACGGCUUCAAAUUACUCACCCUAUGGUGCCUCACGACUUGGAACCAGCGCCUAUGGAACAGGAUAUGGUGGCAUGGGCGGAAUGGGGGGCAUGGGAACUUACUCAUCGCCCUACUCUCGCUUCGGUACUAUGGGCGGCAUGGGCUCCAUGUACGGUGGCGGCUAUGGAGGAGGCAUGUACGGAAUGGGCGGUAUGGGAGGCAUGGGAGGCAUGGGAGGGAUGUACGGCGGCAUGCCAGGACAGGAUCCCAAUGACCCCAAUAGUCUGACGAACUCUUUCGGUCAGAGCACCCAGGCCACCUUCCACAUGAUCGAGAGUAUCGUUGGUGCGUUCGGUGGCUUUGCCCAGAUGCUAGAGAGCACGUACAUGGCCACACACAGUUCAUUCUUCGCAAUGGUCUCGGUCGCAGAACAGUUUGGAAACCUGCGCAACACCCUAGGCUCCGCCCUGGGAAUUUUUACACUCAUUCGGUGGUUCCGCACAUUGAUCGCCAAAUUGACAGGACGUCCUCCGCCAGCCGACGCGACAUCCUUGACCCCCGCUGCCUUUGCAGCAUUCAUGGGGGGACGGUCAAGUCCCGUCACCCUCCCCGAUGGCUCACCGGCUCCCGCCAAGCCAUCCAAGAAGCCCUUCUUCAUGUUCCUGAUUGCACUCUUCGGUCUCCCUUACCUAAUGGGCAAAUUGAUCAAGACAAUGGCCCGCUCUCAAGAAGAAGAAGCCAGGCGUCGCCAGCAGCUCGUCGGACCAAACGGCGAACCUGGCUCCGCCUCCCUCGACCCAACCAAGCUGGACUUCUGCCGUCUCCUAUAUGACUACACACCGGAGACCCAAGAAUCCAACGGCAUCGAUCUGGCCGUCAAGAAGGGCGACAUCGUCGCCGUUCUCAGCAAGUCAGACCCCAUGGGCAAUGCCUCCGAGUGGUGGCGCUGCCGCGCCCGUGACGGCCGCGUUGGAUACCUCCCGGGCCCAUACCUGGAGACUAUCCAGCGCCGACCAACCGCAGCCAUCACGGCAGGCAGCGAGCCCACUUCUCGUGCCUCCACCAUGAAGGGCGAGGCUGAAGGUCGCACGCAGAGUCUGUCGUCUCUGAGCAAGCCCGAGAUCAAGAGCAAGAUGGGUGAUAUCUCUCCCGAAAGCUUCCAGAAGAGCACAUUCCACUCUUGA